GAUCUAUGAUUGUUUGUGGCUUGCGACUCUUGCGAGAGUAAAGGGAUUCGGUUUCGGAGUCGGUUGUGCCGGGAAGUGAAAUUUUAAUGUUUAGCGAAAAGUAAGGAACUGCAAGGAUUGCAUACGUAUUGACGCACGCACACGCGUCUGUUAGACCAUCCACCCGACUCGUUUGCAGUCGUUCGACGAUGGACGCCAGGAACCUUCCGAGUCUCCUGAGCUUGAAGGUUGCUCCUCCGUCGGAACUGCAAAAUCAGAAUGUCGACAACGGCGUCGGGGAGGAGGACGGCGGUUCCGUCAAGCUACCGGCCGCUUUGGAGCAGGCUCUGGCAUUCAAGACGGAGAGAGCCAAGGAAGUGGGCGGCGAUCCGAACGACGUUGUCGCCGUAAGUAAGUCGCCCAAUGACGACGGCGAGGAUGGCGUGCCUCAGAUGGAGGAUGUCAUAACGGAACUGGAACCGACGGCCGAGAAGGUGGACUCGAAAUCGAGCAAAACGAAGAAGAAGAAGAAGUCGAAGAGGAAGAGGCACAAUGCGGAGAGGAGGGAUUCCGAACAGAGGAAGGACGCGGACGAGGCGAAGGCUAAGGAGGACAUGCCGGAGAUAGAGUACGUACAGGAGGAGCUGAGUAUAAACGACGUGGAGCCCCAGUACCGUCAAUAUGUCCGAAUCAUCGAGGCGUUCAAGCUGGUGGAGCUGGAGCCGAGCUCGAACGACGCGGCCGACAAGGGCGAGCCCAUCGGCCAGUAUCCCCCGGUGGCGAAUAUACAAACCGCCGGCGCCGGCAUACCGAGCAAGGUGCCGUUGCUGGACGACUUCGACGACGAGGCGAAUCAGCAGCAGCAGCAGCCGGGCACCGGGGAGAACGGCGCGCCGCGGCUGUCCAAGCGCAAGCUCAAGAGGCUGACGCGACUGAGCGUGGCGGAGCUGAAGCAGCUGGUGGGCCGCCCGGACGUCGUGGAGAUGCACGACGUCACCGCGCGAGAUCCGAAGCUGCUCGUGCAAUUGAAGGCCCAUCGAAACACGGUCCCGGUGCCGAGGCACUGGUGCUUCAAGCGCAAGUACCUCCAGGGCAAGCGCGGCAUAGAGAAGCCGCCCUUCGACCUGCCGGACUUCAUCAAGCGCACCGGCAUCACGGAGAUGAGGGCGAGCCUGCAGGAGCGCGACGACACGCGUACGCUGAAGGCGAAGAUGCGGGAGCGAGCGCGGCCGAAGCUGGGCAAGAUCGACAUCGACUAUCAGAAGUUGCACGACGCGUUCUUCAAGUGGCAGACGAAGCCGCGUAUGACGAUCCACGGCGAUCUCUAUUACGAGGGCAAGGAGUUCGAGACGCGUCUGAAGGAGAAGAAACCCGGGGAGCUGUCGGACGAGCUGCGCACGGCCCUGGGCAUGCCGGUGGGGCCGAAUUGCCAGAAAGUCCCGCCGCCCUGGCUCAUAGCUAUGCAACGUUACGGCCCGCCGCCGAGUUACCCGAAUCUCAAGAUACCCGGCUUGAACGCGCCCAUUCCCGAGGGCUGCGCGUUCGGCUAUCACGCGGGCGGAUGGGGAAAACCGCCGGUGGACGAGACGGGGAGGCCGCUGUACGGGGACGUGUUCGGCAUAUCGCGCACGUCCGGCGCGGACGCGAUGGACGAGGAAGUCGACCGGGGGAUGUGGGGCGAGCCCGAAUCCGAGUCGUCGGGCGACGAGGACGAGGACGAGGACGCCGAGGAGGGCGGCGAGGGCGGCGAGGGUGAAGGAAAGGACGGGGACGGCGACGCCAGCGGUCUGGUCACGCCCGGUGCCGAGGGCCUGAUCACGCCGAGCGGCAUCACGUCGAUCCCGGCGGGCUUGGAGACCCCGGAGACCAUCGAGCUGAGGAAGAAGAAGAUCGAGAGCGAGAUGGAGGGCGGCGACACGCCCGCGCUCUACACGGUGCUGCAGGAGCGACGUACGGAGGGUCUGGGCGCCAGUAUGAUGGGUAGCACCCACGUAUACGAUAUGACGGGCGCGGCGGGUGGCCAGGCACCGCCGUCCGUGAUCGCUGCGCGGCGCGGUGCCAUCAGCGGCAGCGCGAGCGACGCACGGGCGGAGAAGGACGGGGCGGUGGAAUUGACGCUGGAUCCCAGCGAGCUGGACCUCGACUCCGAGGCGAUGGCAUCCAGAUACGAGGAGACGAUGAGGUCGAGACAAGCGCAUCUCAGGAGAGAAGACUUGUCGGACAUGCUGCAAGAUCAUGUACAACGACAGAAGAGCAAACGUAAACGCCAGCAAAUCCAGGAUACAAAGACAUCUAAGAAGUAUAAAGAGUUUAAAUUUUAAAUACAUUAUUUCCCCAAUUAUAUAUGUACUGUAUUAUAGGAAUUAAAGUGUUCGAAAUAACAUGAAAAAAAAAAAAAGAAAGAUUAGGCUUAAUAUAUCACUUUAACAGUGAUAUGGUUAUACCUUUUAAAAAUGACUUUUUAUAUUUCAUGUUUACACAUCGUACAAGUGAUUAAUAAAAAAGUCGUAUUAGCUGUGAAUACAUUGAUGUAAACGAUAAAUUAAUGAUAACGCUACGAAUAACAUAUAUAUUUUCCAAUAAA